CGGCCACAAUAAUCCGUUUUAUAGAGGAAUUCAACCAUACGUUGAACAAUACUGCGUCUUUUUCCGGGAAGUCGAGCUCGAAGUCGAUCGAUUCCUGAGCUUUUCAGUCUACAAUGCCCUUCCGUGCCCCGGCAUUGGUUGAACGCUAUUCCACAAUGGAUAUCUUGCAAAAUAUCUUUGGGUGUUUUGGAGCUCAAAGUGUUGGGCUUUCCGCCGACCAGCACAGUACCCACCCAACGCCAGCCGAUGAAAAAGAACUUGCCCGCUCGUUCCUCUCCGUUCUGUUCAAUACAGAAAAGCCCGGUCGAGACCUCGAGACUCGUCUUCGAAACAUUGUAUACACAAACAGGUGGUAUGAGGGACUUGCAAAGCGCAUCCUGGACGGCCUUGUUGCCGCAAUGCAGUCCGGAAAAGCCAUGAGUGGGGCAAUGAAAGAAACGUAUGACAAAACACUCGCUAUCGCCGGUGACUUUACGAAAGAACAUCCUGUUCUUAUUGCAGCCAUACUUACAGUCGUGGCUAUUGGAAUAUCGGUUAUCUUGCACCCUGGGUUGUCGAGGUCUUGGGUUCGGAGAGUUUGGACCAGCUGAAGGUUCAUUCGCCCCUUUUGGGCACUCUACGUUUCCUGACGUCGAGGCUGGCUGGCUCGGUAUGAAAUGGGGAAAGGUUUGGCUGUGCACCAUUCUACCAGCCAACAGUGUUGCUCGACACACUCCUCAGGAAAAAACAAUUUUAGAGACGGACGAUGUCGUUCCGGCUCGUCAUUUGCCAACGCCCACAGAAUCAUGCCCAACUAGAACAAACCUGGCAUCUCCCCAAUGUAGAACGAGUUAGGACGGUCGAUAAUCUCUAGAGGCUCCC